GCCCUUCAAAAAUUUUUUUUUUUCAGGGCCUGUUAUGGUGUUUUGAGAUUUAUCAUGGAGAGUGGUGCCAAGGGAUGUGAAGUUAUCGUAAGUGGAAAGCUUAGGGCACAGCGUGCUAAGUCCAUGAAAUUCAAGGAUGGGUAUAUGAUUUCUUCUGGCCAGCCUGUGAAUGAAUACAUUGAUUCUGCUGUGAGACAUGUUCUUCUGAGACAGGGAGUGCUCGGCAUCAAGGUGAAGAUUAUGCUUGACUGGGAUCCAAAGGGCAAGCAGGGGCCGCCUACUCCUCUGCCUGAUCUGGUUACGAUUCAUCCACCUAAGGAGGAAGAAGAGUAUGGAAGACCAUCCUUGACAAUGCCUACAGAAAUUGAAGCUCCUCCUGCUAUUCUACCCCAAUAAAUAUCAUUAUCUUUAUCUGUUUGUUAGGCUUGAGAAUUGAGUUUAUACAUUAUAUGAGAAAUUGCCACUUAUAUGAAAAACAUUCAGGUAGCUAAUUUAUAAUGCUUAUAUUUUGUC